AAGGUUUCAACAUGACUCUGUGCAAGGCAAAUAUGCUAUUUGUGAUACUAGUAAGUUAUACAGUGCUAUUAGACCGAUGCACAAAUGCUGAUGAAUUGUUGAUGCAAACAUUUUCAAAAGUGUUAUCGCUUGAUAAAAGAAUGGACAAUCUUGAGAUAAAACUUGAGAACUCGCUGACAGACUUGCAGACGCAGUUAGCGGAAGGGCUGGAACGUAUUGCAGAGACACAGAAAAACUACGAGCCCAAACUAAGUGGAAUUACAGAGAGUAUUCAGUCGACCAUUUCUAACACCGUGACAAAGAUGGUGAAGUCCCAAUUCAUUGCAAUUAAUACUGCCAUGAAGCGAGAAAAGGUGACUUUGAGGAAUUUGAUAACUGAAAUGAACAACCAUAUGAAGGCAAUAGAUGACGAGUUUGAAAAUAAACAGAGAAACCUUGAAGACAGUUUUUUAAAUAAGAGCAUAAUCAUUGAUAACCAGAUUCGGGCACAGACAGAAAACGUAAGUGAUGUUAUGAACGAUGUUAUUAUAAGAACAAACGCACAAGCAAAUGAACUAAAAAUGUAUUUUGAUAAUGCACAAAGCAGUCUGGAUGAACGUUUCUCAAACCAAAGUAAUGCCUUGGACUAUACGAUAGAAAGACAGUCAGACGAUAUAGGCGAACGUAUCAGGGAAGUGCGUAAUGAAAAGGAACAGCUAAAAGGUAACUUCAGUGAAGCACAAAACUCACUUUACAAAGCUAUAGAUAAAUUCAAGGAGGAAAUGAAGAUAACAACAUUUAAUCUAGAGAAGGCGCUCAAAUUGCGAAUCACAAAUCAGGAUAACCAAAUAUCUUCUCUGGGAGGAAGAAUAAGUUCAAAUAAGAUUGAUUUGGGAAUACACAUGAGCAUCCAUCGACAAGCAAGAGACGAUAUAGACAUAAACAGACAAAACAUUAGAGCUAUAAGCAAUUGGAUCAACGCAUUAUCAACCCACAUCAACGGAUAAGAAGCCUGAUCCUGUUCCGAUACGAAACAAAAGAAGACAUAUAUUGGCAAAAAUAAACACAAUGGCAGUUUAAAACUAAAGUAUUACGUGUUAUGCGUACAAAUGUAUUGAAUAUGAUUAUUGUUAAUGUUCAUUGUUCAAUAAAAUUAAACUCUUAUGAAUGUAUACAACUCCUUAUCGGCUCUGUGCGCAUUUAGUUCCACAUGAAGUGAUCGGAUAGUUGGCGAUUUUUUAUUAAUUUAAAAUUGAAAACGAAAAUGAAAAUGAACAUUGACAAUUUUAAAAUGAAAAAUUAAACAUGAAACUUUCUUACUGAAGUCCACGUCGGGUUAGUCGGCCAAGAUUCUGAAAUCUGUGGAAAAAGCACGACAAACAAUAGUUUCUCAUUUCAACUUGUGUGACGGGUAGCAAUCAGUACAAUACCACACAUAUUUAUAGCAGUGUCGGCAAUGGCCAUCUUUCUCUCUGUGUUAACUGGGUUUCUUAUGUUAAAAAACGUUAACCAAAUAUGGUUUUGCAUAUUUAUUUAGUAAUACAACUAUUGUACAUGUUAAUGAUUUUAAAUGUAUAAAAAUGAAUAUAUUUAAACAAGAAUGGUAUGGAUAUAUUAGUAAUAGUUCUGUUUUGGACCUGUAUAGCGUUUUUAAAACUUCCUUUGAAUAUGCAACAUAUUUAGAGUUAGUUCCAAACAGUUUAUGUUUAUACAUUAUAAAUUUAGUGUCCCCAUAACCGUUAUUACUACAAAUAAGAUGAUAUACACGUAAUUAUAUGCACCGUAUCGAAUGUUAUUUAUAAUGUUGUAAUAGUAUGGAUGGUGCUGAAUAUUACUUUAUAUGUAUUCUACAAUGGUACUGUCAGUAACAUCAGUAUUCAAACUUUGUUAAUGGUCUUUAUAAUCGUAUAUCAAAGUACAAUAGCAGUCUUAACUCGCUGAUUACUAAUAAUAUUACUCAUCCCGAUUUUUAUGGUGAUAAUUUAAAGAUAAUUCGUAAAAUUAAAAUGUUUCCAGCAGGUAGUUGGGCAGAGUGACUCAAUGAAUUACUUGGAUUUUAUUUAAAACAUGGAUAUAAAGGCAAUAUUUUGAAGAGUACUUGCCUUCUAUGUUUUGAAGAUAAAUUCCUGAAACAAAAUAUAGAUUGUAUAUAGCAUCCUUACAUAACUAAGCUUUCAGUCCUUUGUUUUAAUGAAAUAUUUGCUGAUUCAUCUUUAAGACCUUUUUUGGCUUACUCGGAGUGUUUUGGCAUGUGACGUCAUUUUCUUCAAAUAUUGUACAUAGGUAAUCAUUUGGAAGAAUGAAAUUGAUAAUAUAUGUCGCUUUUAUUUUUAAAUAAUGUUGUUGUUUUUUAUUUUUUCCCAGUUUUAGUACAAUGAUGCUUUUAUUAUGAAACUCUAUGAUCAAAAAGUUGUAAACCUUUUAUUUUAUAAGGCAGACUGUGUGUGAUGCUCAUAGUUUCAAACAAUAACUGCAUCGUAUCUUUAAAAAAAAUUUGCAUUAGGUACUCUGAAAUGUAUUCCUCCUUCUGCAGAUAGAGUUGGGAUCUCUAAUCAUAGAAGUACUUGGGGUUUAACUAUAUGUUUACUAUUAUUUGUUUUAGUGUUAAGAUUCCUCAAGAUAAAGCAUACUUUGAUAAGAUUUACCUUGUGCCAUCUUUUUUUAUUUAGGAUUGUUGGGAUAACAGUGAGGUUUGUACACUUUAUGUUUAAACUUUUUGAUACUGAGCUUGUUUCUGUAGUUUUUCGCAUAUGUAUUCAAAUUUCACCAGUUGUUGACAUCAUGUGAUAAAAAGGCAGUAAUAAAUGUUUGUAAAUAUAUUAAAUAAGUAUGUGUUAUACGCAACUCAUUUAUUAAAAAUACAACUUAGUUUAGUAGUUAUGAUUACAAAAUCACUGCCGAUGUUAACAAGUAAUGAAAAAUAAAAUGUAUAUCUAUAACUACAUGUAAUAAGACUAUAAAUCUAAAAAACUGUC